AGAGAGGGCUGACAAAAGGAGGAGGCAGAAUUAGGCCCGCCAGCAUUCUUCUGGUUUGAAGCUGUAACUACCCACAGAGGAAGAAAAAAAGGAGGCUCCAGUGCAGAGUGGGCUGGGGUUGGGUCUGCUUGCAGCUUACAAGGACACACGCGCUUGUCUUCAUGGUGGGGUGCUGAUAACCAGAGCUAUCUUUUUUAUUCUUCUUUCAUUUUCCCCUCCCUGUUUUUUCAUCCCCCCUUUUUGCCCUUAUUUUUGUGUACGGAGGAGGCUCAUGUCUCUAUCAUAGACAUGAUGGGAUUUGUGCAUUUAAGGACAUUCUUAUUGCUGGUGGUGCCUGUGGCGCAGGUCCUCUGCCAAAACAGUGGUGACGACCAGAGCUGCACGGCGGACGGCCAGACGUACACCAACAGGGACAUCUGGAAGCCGGAGCCAUGUCGGAUCUGCGUGUGCGACAAUGGACAGGUGCUCUGCGACGAGAUCCAGUGUGAAGACCUCGGGGAGUGCCAGCGCUUCAGCAUCCCCGACGGGGAGUGCUGCCCCAUCUGUGAGACCGGUGGCUCGAGCGGCACCAACACCGGCGGUGGCUCCACCGGGCAGGGUAGCGUUGAUUACGGCACGGUGACCAGGGGUCCGAAAGGAGAGCCUGGAGAUGUGCCAAUCGUGACAGGAAUCAGAGGACGCCCUGGACCAAUGGGUCCCCCAGGAGCCUCAGGAUUCAGAGGAGACCGGGGCCAGAAAGGAAGGCCUGGCUUGAGAGGAGCGUCAGGUUUUGAUGGAGAGCCAGGAAUCCCGGGACAGCCUGGAGAGCCAGGACCACCAGGACCCCAACAGCACCCUGGGGGGCUCGGGGCUCAUAUGGCCGGAGACUCAAAGUCCGCUGGUCAGCACGCCAUGAUACCUGGCUCCAGGGGAGAGGCGGGAACAAGAGGACCCCCAGGACCAGCUGGUUCUCCGGGUGCAUCUGGACCCCAGGGAUCUCCUGGAGAUGUUGGUGACUCAGGACACAUGGGGCCACCAGGCCAGAGGGGCCCCGAAGGUCCACCAGGGAAACCAGGUGAAGACGGUGAAGCAGGGAAGUCUGGAAACUCUGGAGAGAUGGGAUUCCCUGGCUCAGCUGGACCAAGAGGAUUUCCAGGGACACCUGGACCUCCGGGAUUGAAAGGACAUAGAGGCCAUGGUGGUAUCAUUGGCCAGAAGGGUGAAACAGGAACAGUUGGAUCAAAGGGAGCUACUGGCCCCACUGGUCAGUUGGGAGCUCCGGGCCCCAUGGGUCCAGCAGGAAUGCCGGGCGAGAGAGGAAGACCCGGACCUGGAGGUGCCGCGGGGACGAAAGGUCCAUCCGGUAUGCUUGGGAAACCGGGCUCCCUGGGUCCAUUGGGCAUUAAUGGACCUCCUGGUUAUCCAGGAACCCCAGGAAUGAAGGGUCAAGCUGGCCCCACAGGUGUGCGUGGUCCUGAAGGCCCCCAGGGACAAAGAGGAGAGACCGGUCACCUGGGAAGAGCAGGACCAAUUGGUCUCAGAGGACCCAUGGGAACUGACGGAGGCCCGGGAGCUAAAGGCCCAGUGGGCAAUGUUGGUACCGGGGGCCCCGGUGGCCAUCUUGGACCCUCCGGACCCCCUGGGCCCCAGGGAAGCACUGGUCAGCCAGGAAUCAAGGGCCAGCUGGGUGAUCUGGGUGUAGGAGGAUUUAAAGGAGAAGCCGGGCCUAAGGGUGAAUCUGGUUCUUCUGGAUCUCAGGGGGUGAUCGGACCCCAGGGUGAGGAGGGUAAACGCGGACCCAGGGGAGAUUCCGGUUCUCUUGGACCUAUUGGUCCCGUUGGUGAGAGGGGAUCUCCUGGAAACAGAGGAUUCCCUGGUGCUGAUGGAUUACCGGGACCUAAGGGUGCCCUUGGAGAUCGUGGAACAUCUGGUGUAUCUGGCCCCAAAGGAGCGUUUGGUGACCUUGGUCGUGGUGGAGAACCUGGUCUGCCAGGUGCCAGGGGUCUGACUGGCACUCCUGGAGUCCAAGGAGCUGAGGGAAAGCCAGGACCUCUGGGCGCCGCCGGUGAGGAUGGACGCCCUGGACCUGCAGGAUCCAUCGGGAACAGAGGUCCAGCUGGAACUAUGGGACUGCCAGGACCCAAAGGCUUCAAUGGUGACCCAGGAAAGACAGGGGAACAAGGCUCUGCAGGAGUAGCAGGUCAGAGGGGUCCUCCAGGGAAAGACGGAGAGGUCGGACCAGCUGGCCCCCCAGGCCCGUCUGGUGUUGCAGGAGACAGAGGAGAGCAAGGACCACCAGGUGUCAAUGGAUUCCAGGGCUUGCCUGGAAACCAAGGACCACCGGGAGAAUCUGGGAAACCAGGUGACCUGGGUAUUCCCGGAGAGUUGGGAGCAGUGGGACAGAUUGGACCAAGGGGAGAGCGAGGAGUUCCUGGUGAAAGAGGUGAACUCGGUUCAACCGGUCUUCAAGGACCCAAAGGAAUCCCCGGAUCCCUUGGUCCAGAUGGACCCAAGGGUAGUCCUGGACCCACCGGGACCCUGGGAGACGCAGGACCCCCUGGUCUGCAGGGACAGUCUGGAGAGAGGGGUAUCUCCGGAUCACCGGGGCCCAAAGGCGACAGAGGUAAUAUCGGGGAAAAAGGAUCCGAAGGUACACCUGGAAAUGAUGGUGCUAGGGGUGCUCCCGGAGCUGUUGGCCCACUGGGACCCUCAGGCCCUAGCGGUGAAAAGGGGGAGCCCGGACCCAAAGGCCCAGCAGGGCCCUACGGUUCGCGAGGAGUCCACGGAGCCAGAGGUGACCCUGGACCGACCGGAGCGGUGGGAUUCGCCGGACCACCCGGCCCUGACGGCCAGCCUGGAGUGAAAGGGGAGCCUGGAGAGCCAGGUCAGAAGGGAGAUGCUGGAUCCCCAGGACCCCAGGGAUUGUCUGGAGCUCACGGACCUCCAGGGCCCUCUGGUGUUGCUGGACUUAAAGGAGGAAGAGGAACUCAGGGUGCACCAGGUCCAACUGGAUUCCCUGGAUCAGCAGGAAAAGUUGGCCCACCAGGUCCCAAUGGUCCCAUCGGUGAGGCUGGCCCACUGGGUGCCCCAGGUAAAGAGGGUCCAGCCGGUCUGCGUGGAGACAACGGAGCCCCAGGAAGACAGGGCGAGAGGGGCCCCGCAGGACCCGGCGGCAGCUCAGGAGACAAGGGAGACUCUGGAGAGGAUGGACCCACGGGCCCCGAUGGCCCUCCUGGUCCAGCUGGAACUACAGGACAGAGAGGCAUCGUGGGACUUCCCGGGCAGAGAGGAGAACGUGGCAUGCCUGGACUUCCAGGAGCUGCUGGUCCACCAGGAAAGCAGGGAGCAGCGGGUACAACUGGAGACAAAGGACCCUCUGGACCUUUGGGUGUUCCCGGUCUCAAUGGACCCCGUGGCGAUCCAGGUCCUGAUGGGCCUGCUGGAUCUGACGGCCCACCGGGCAAGGACGGUGUUUUGGGACAAAGGGGCGCCAGAGGCGACCCCGGUCCUGAGGGGCUUCUGGGAUCUUCGGGGCUUCCUGGUACCCCAGGUCCUGUGGGGGCAACCGGUGGGGCAGGAAGGAGAGGAGACGCUGGCUCUAGAGGACCCGUGGGACCCCCUGGCUCUGCUGGAAAGAGGGGAUUGACGGGACCACAAGGACCAAGAGGAGAUAAGGGUGACCUUGGAGAUCAUGGAGAGAGAGGUCAGAAGGGACACCGUGGAUUCACUGGUUUGCAGGGUCUGCCCGGACCUCCCGGUACAACUGGUGAACAGGGAACCACUGGUAUCAUCGGACCAAGUGGCCAAAGGGGACCUCCCGGACCCAUUGGGCCACCAGGAAAGGAAGGAUACCUUGGACAGCCAGGACCAAUGGGACCUCCAGGAACACGUGGAAUCAGUGGAGAGAUCGGACCUGAGGGACCACCAGGAGAAGACGGCCCACCGGGACUCCCUGGCCCACCCGGACCCCCCACCGCCGCCAUGGAAGACAUGUUCGGAGGUCACGACUACGACUCCGGCCCCCCUCCUCCUCCUGAGUUCAGCGAGGACGAGGCCAUGCCCGUCAGCAACGGCUCCACCAUCGUGCCGGUCGACCCCGGGGUACAGGCUACCCUGAAGGCUCUCAGCAGCCAGAUCAAUAGCAUGAAGAGCCCAGAUGGCAGCAAGAAGCACCCGGCCAGGACCUGUGAAGAUCUGAAACAGUGCUACCCGGCCAAGAAGAGCGGAGAAUUCUGGGUGGAUCCUAACCAGGGCAGCGCUGAGGACGCCAUCAUGGUGCACUGCAACAUGGAGACCGGAGAGACCUGCAUCGCAGCCAACCCCGCCAACAUCCCCCGGAAGUCAUGGUGGAACACUGCCAGGAACAAGCCUGUGUGGUUCGGAGCCGACAUGAACCGAGGAUCACAAUUCACCUAUGGCAACAAAGACCAGUCGGCCAACUCUGUCACGGUCCAGAUGACCUUCAUCCGUCUGCUGUCUAAGGAGGCGUCCCAGACCAUUACCUACCACUGCAAGAACUCUGUGGCCUACAAGGAUGCCAAGACCGACAACCUGAAGAAGGCCCUGAUCCUCAAGGGAUCCAACGACCUGGAGCUGAAGGCAGAGGGCAACAACCGCUUUAGAUACACCGUGGUGGAAGACAAAUGCACGCAAGCCAACGGAAACUGGGGCAAGACAGUGUUUGAAUACAGGACACAGAAAACCGCCAGACUUCCCAUUGUGGAUGUGGCUCCUGUGGACAUUGGUGGCCCUAACCAAGAGUUCGGUAUUGACAUCGGGCCCGUGUGCUUCUUGUAGAGUAACAACAGGGGGGGGAGUUGUCCAGGAGGACCCCCAAAACUAUUGAACUGACAGCUGAGAAGCUCAGCCACAUUGUACAUACCAGUACUGCGGACUAUUCUGGCCCUGUGGCAAGAUAUUUAUUGUGCCUUUCAAACAAUACCAAGACCUCCUUACAUCCAACAUGAUUUGAUUGUAAGUCAGAUGAAUGUUUGAGAGAAAUUUACAUAAAAACAAAUUUAAUACCUUUCAGAAUAAUUCCUUUGUCUUCUUUUUAAAGUUUGACUUGAUUUUUUCCCCCCCCAAGUUAGGACGCACCCUUGUAAUCCUACUUGGUUUAAAAGAUGUUAUCCACUAAUGGCAUGUGUUUACUGAGCUAAAUACUGUUUAGCUGAAAACCAACUGCUUUCUUCCUUGUUAGUUUGUACUGCUGUUGGUGGCUUGACGACAUCGUCCCAUGCCAGUGAUUGAUUUUCUUGCCAACCACUAUGAACUGCUUAUAGGUUUGAUAGAUUUUAUGUAUUAUUUUAUUUUAUUUUAAUAGCACAUUUUGAAUACAAAAUGAAAAUGUUGGUGCUAAUCAAGGACAAUAAAUAUAGCACGUCUGUAUUUCUCCUUGAGACGGUUUUUGAUAAAGAAAGCCUCAUUUUUGUAUCCAGUUUAUUGUGUCUCUGUGCUGACCAUAGAACAUUAAAGAUCCAUUGAGACUGUUCAUUCCUCAGUCGUAGCUACCUCGUCUCCAGAAACCGGGAUGCGAUGAGAUGGCUUGUAAAUCAUACUUUUCCCCCCACAGGUGCUGUUUUGUAAGUAGUAGUGAGCCUUGUGCACUUUUAUUCCAGCACAGGCAGACGGGAAGGGAUUGGGGUUGCCAAAUAAAAGUCAUUUCUGUCGAUGAUGGAGAGGUGUAAUUGGAGUUGUCUGAAUGGUGAUGAUUUAUAUAAACAUAUAUAUAUAUAUAUCCCCCCCAACCCUCUUUACUAUUUCAAUUACUUUGCACAGAUUUCUCCUUUAUGCAUGUCAAUUUCCCCCCUUUUUAGUAUCUUUUUAUAUGCCCUUGAAGUCCUUUUAUAAAAGGUGGAGUGCUUGUUUGCUUCAUGUACUGCUUGCUAUGCAACAAAUUAAAAACAAUGCUUGUUUAUCCCCACAACGCUUUGUCAUAUUAAUCUAAGUUUGAUAGGUAAAUCCACAAGCUUCUCUUUCUUCCCGAUUGCGGUGAUAUUUUCUGUGGACGUAUUGAUGGCAUAGGGAAAUUAGUUGCGUUUCUGCAUCUGAACUAGUUUUGUAUUUAAAGUUAAGGUGACUAAGCUUUUUGUCCCCUCCCUGCAUGUAUUAUGUAUUCUGCUAUUGUGUGGAGCACCUCUUUUUGUUUGAGGCAGUACGACUGGGUUCAAUGCUAUUUAUUUCUGAAUCUUAAAAAGAACAUGAAUAUGAUCAUGAACAUGAACUUUGAACAUGAUCAUAUUUCCUUCAUGAGCCUUCUAACCC